UAAGGGCCCCGCGGCCCGGCUCCCCCCUCAUGGGAGCGGGAUGCUCCGUGCCCCGUCCAGCUUGACUCAACACUGCCAGGAAUGGGGCAGCCGCAACUGCCAUGUGAAACAGGUCCCAGUGCCUCGCCACAGUGCAUUUCUUCCUGACGUCCAAUCCAAAACUGCUGUCAGUUUAAAGCAGAUAUCCCUUGUGCUAUCACCAUGUGCCCCAUCCAUAGCCCCUCUUCAGCCGGCUUGGAGCCCAUUUAGGCAUCGGAAAGGGCUCUUAAGUUCCCUCUGGAGUCAUCUCUUCUCCACAGUGAGGAACCCCAGUUCUGUCCUGCUGUCAAUAGCUAAAUAGUUGUCAUAGCCUACAGUCCCUUUGGGGAGCCCCUGCCUCAGAUAAAAGUGAAUAAUUUCUGCCCCCAAGGGAGGAUGUGAGGCUGUACCCCCGCCUGCACUGCUUGGGCUCACAUGGCCAAGGAGCCAUGGAGCCCAGGAGCUGCAAAACCAACAAGACUUUGGCCCCAGCAACAUCAUCCUCUCCAUAUUCCCAGCACCAUGGGCCCCUCUGCCCCCUUCCCAUGGCACCAGCACAGCCCCUGCUCCUGCACAGCUGCUCCUGGACCUGGACCCUGCGGAGCACAGCAGGAGCAGGCAGAGGCUGCUGAGAGCCCUUCAAACCACAUUCAAAUGCAGUCAGGUCCUCCUCACUGCCUGACCCUUAGCCCUGAGUGUUUGCUUGGGACCCAAGAAAAGAUAUCUAACACUCAAAAAUGGUGCCAUCUUUAUUUUUUUUCAAUAUAGUUUUGUUAGUCUAAGAGCAUGGCGGAGUGGGGCUGGCUUGGAGAGCAGGGUGGGGUCAGGGUCACAUCUCAUCCAGGGACUGCUUGGCAGAGCAGGCAGUGAGGAGCAGUCAGGCUGGACAGGUAGUACAGGCAGACAAGCAGUACAGACAGACAGGCAGUACAAGCAGUACAGGCAGUGCAGACAGGCAGUGCAGACAGACAGGCAGUGCAGACAGGCAGUGCAGACAGACAGGCAGAACAGGUAGUACAGACAGACAGAUAGACAGACAGUGCAGACAGGCAGAACAGGCAAACAGGCAGUGCAGGCAGUACAGACAGACAGACAGGCAGGCAGGCAGUGGAGUCAAGCAGCAGUCAGCUCUGUCACAGGGUGCAUGCGCUACCCGGAGGCGUCACAGCUGUUUCCGCUGUCAUCCCUGGUUCUGCCUAAGGAAAAAGUUUCUCCUCUGGGCAGGCUGCCCGGCUCCUCUGAAGGCUCUCUGCAGCUCCUCAGCAGGCAGCCCUGGGCAGCAGGAGCAGGAUUUUUCUGGGGGAUUAAGGCUGUGCUGAGCGGUGCCAGCAGGGGGGCUCAGUCAUGGCUUCCAAGCGCCAAGCUUCUUCCUCGAAGCAGCCAGACAGCAGGGAAAAGAAACCGAAACUGGAAGAGGACGAUGACACCUGGAGCUCCACCUUGGCAACCCUGAAAACUGCUCCCAAGGAGAAGCCGCCUGCCAAAAUUGAUGGGCUGUGCCCCCUGAGCUCAGCACUGGGUGCCCAGGUCUACGAGGACUAUGACUGCACCCUGAACCAGACCAACAUCAGUGCCAACAACAACAAGUUCUACAUCAUCCAGCUCCUGGAGGACGAUGGUGCCUACAGUGUCUGGAGCCGCUGGGGCCGCGUGGUGGAUGCUGUGGAUGGGGACAAGAUGUGCAAGCAGCGGGUGCUGCCCUGCACCUUGGACAGAGCCACACAGGACCUGGUGUCCCUCAUCUUCAGCAGUGACAUGUUCCGGGAUGCCAUGCAGACCAUGAAUAUCAACGUGAAAAAGAUGCCUCUGGGGAAGCUGAGCAAGCAGCAGAUUGCAAGGGGCUUUGAGGCACUGGAAGAGCUGGAGGCAGCGCUGAGGGAGCAGCCCCCCCAGGCCACUCACCUGGAGGAACUCUCCUCAUGCUUCUACACCAUCGUCCCACACAACUUUGGACGGGCACGGCCACACACCAUCAACUCCCCUGACCUGCUGCGUGCCAAGAAGGACAUGCUGUUGGUGCUGGCUGACAUUGAGGUUGCACAGAGCCUGCAGGGACAGAAAGAGAAGGAGGAGGAGGAGGAGAAAGAAGUUGCCCAUCCACUGGAUCAGGAUUACGCCCUGCUCUGCUGCCAGCUCUCCCUGCUUGACCCAGCUUCCCGGGAAUACCAGCUGAUCCAGACCUAUGUGAUGCAGACUGGGCACAAACUCCACAUUCUCAACAUCUGGCAGGUAGCCCGAGACGGCGAGGAUGAGCGUUUCAAGGCCCAUGACCUGCUGGAGCACCGGCGCCUGCUGUGGCACGGCACCAACCUGGCGGUGGUGGCUGCCAUCCUGAGGAGGGGGCUGCGCAUCAUGCCCCACUCCGGUGGGCGCGUGCGCAAGGGCAUCUACUUUGCCUCUGAGAACAGCAAAUCAGCCUGCUAUGUGGGCUGUACAUCCAAGAAUGUUGGCAUCAUGUUCCUGACGGAGGUGGCCCUGGGCAAGCCCUACCACAUCACCUGUGAUGACCCCACGCUGUGUCAGCCACCUGCUGGCUAUGACAGUGUCCUGGCCUGUGGCUGGACAGAGCCAGAUCCUGCACAGGAUGAGGAGGUGCUUCUGGAUGGCAAGAAGUUGCUGGUGUGCCAGGGCAAGCCCAUCCCCAUGCCCGCCUACAAGGACUCCUCCUUCAGCCAGAGCGAGUACAUCAUCUACAAGGAAAGCCAGUGCCAGAUACGCUAACUUGUCCAGCUCCUCUUCUGAGGGUGCCUGGGAGCACCGUGGCCCUGGCCCAGCACCAGGAGGUGAUACCCAUCAGCCCAGAGCACAGUGAUCUGGACUCCCUGGCCACCCUACCUGGAGCUUGGCAAGGGACAGGCUGGCAUGGGGACUGAGCUUGCUUUGACUGUCAAUAAAAGCGUUGUGCCUUGCA